UCCGGGGCUCUAGCGGGGACGGGCCGGGCCGCAACUGCUGCCGCUGGGCCUCCUCCGCGCUGGAGUGAGGAGUGAGUGGUUAGCCAGUUGAGCGCCGGCCGUCACGGGGAGCGGAGGUGACCCACACGAGACCGCGCUACCCGCGCUGCAGACUGGUUUAGGCCAUAGGCGCCUCGAAUUCCGUUCGCCAGGUUGUGUUUUGUCGUCUGCUAAGCGUGUUGUUGUUGUUGCUGCUGCUACUGCUGUUGUCACCACCAUUGCGGCCGUGGUCACGCGUCUACUGCUGCUUCCGGGGAAGAUGCGAAGGUGUUGCGGCGCAGCGAACGAGUCAUCUUUAACGUGAAGGAUUUUUUUUGCGUGGGCCUCGCCGUACAGCCUGCUCCUGAGCAGUCAGCAUGAAGAUCGCCACGGCGCUCCCCGUUAGCGUUGCUCUUCUCAUCCUGGCCGUGCAGGUGGACGCCCACCCAGGAACGCGUCACAGCCGCCAGGACCUGCGCAUGCUGCCGGCCAACGCGACCGGCACGCCCCAGGACCAUGCCCUGGCCAGCGGGGUGGUGCUGCAGGAGGCGUCGCAUGACGCUCUCCAGCCCCCGGCUCAGGACCCUACGUCCUCCACGCCCUCCAUGACGUCCGCCUCGUCCGGAGCUACGACCGGCCCCUCCAGGACGACGGAGGUGUGGAGGAAGCUCACCACGGCAGGCACCCCUGUGGGGUCCCCUAUGGGUUCGGCCAUGGGCGCGCCGGGAGGCUCACCAGUCCCGCCGAUCAUGGGGCAUGACCGGACCAAGCUGCACCCAGGUCUGGCACCUGAGCAGCUUGGUGGUGAGGACAGCAACAUCGUGUUCCCCUCCCCGCCUAUCAAGACGGAGGGACCGUCAGGUCAGCCGAAAUUCGACCCCUUUUCCCGGGCUCCGACGGGCCGAGCUCCAGCCUGUGCGAAGGGAUCCACCUUCUGCACAGACAUUGACAACUACCCAGAGAAUUACCUGCAAACGAUGCUGCGAUCAGCUACCGUAGGUCUGGGUUAUAGAGAGUAUUUUGGGAAUGAUGUUAUUGCUGAGAGCAAUAUUACACAACGUAUUGAUGCAAAUGAUGAAAACCCUCUUUGCCCAUAUGAGGAAACUGUGGUGUACCCCAAGGUAGCCAAAAAUAAGGAAGAUAAGUGGUUAUACGUUGUGAAUCAAGAUCAUUUUGUCCAAGGUGUCCGCAUUGAGACCUGUCUGAACUCUGGUACAGCUUGCCAGCUGGCUGAGAACUUCCCAUAUGGAUAUACAACAUCUUGUCGGCAGAAGUAUAUUCUUAGAAAAUUAGUUGCUCUAAACCCAGAAGGUCAAACUCAAACUGAUAUGUUCCGUCUCCCAUCCUGCUGCUCUUGCUAUGUCACUCGAUCUAACGUCAGCAGCAGAAGAUCAAAUAUGACACCUGUCAAAAAGGCAGGCAGUCAAAAGCGUUAACAGUACUUCACGAUGACUGAAUCACUUGGAAUUCUGCCAUUGGCGUGGUUUACUGUUUGUUGUAAUUGGACAGUGGUUGUUUUUUGGUAUGUGUGCGGCUUGUACAUAUAGUAGCGUUAAAAAUUUAUGUAGGUACAAAUAAAUACAUUUAAUUAUUCUUGAGCUUAGCCAGUAUGAAACUGUGAUAAUCCUUAGAAUUCUGAAUUGGCUAAGUUUGUCAAUUAUAUUUUUAACAACCAAGGCCUUUCUUGGACAAUGUCUGUAACUAUAUUUUAGUCUGCAGGGCAACUUUUAAAAGGAAGUUUCAUCAUCUACAUUGUUUGCACAAAAAUUACGAUGUGAAAUGAUUGAUAUUUUUUUAAAUCCCAGCAACAGAAAGUGUGAUUUUUACGAUGCUUUAUUUGUCUUUUUGUGAUCUGUCACUUAAAUAGUGUAAUAACUAGAUUCAAGGUUUAAUAUUUAUAUUUUAGAAUUCUUUCAUUUUACGUUUAUGAAAAGCCUGAAUAUUCUAAUCAAUGAGCAAUUGCUUGUCCUGCGUUACUUACACUUCGUCUUGCGCAAAUGCUUGUUAUGUUGUUCUUGUUGCGUGCUUUAUUGAUUUUACUUAAUAUCAAUUACUUUUUUAUUUUUCUCAUAAUGAAUAUAGUUUAAAAGUGUAAAUAUUUUCCUGCGCAGUAGCUAUGCACUUAAGCAAAAAAAAAUUAUAAUUAUUUUGUCAUUGAUGCUUCUCUGCAGGUGGUACAGUACUCACUUUCUAUUAGCAGCUAUUAUUCAUUUUAAGUUUCUGACAAAUGAUGACCCUUAAUUUUAAAUUUCCACUCUUUUAUGUAUGCUGUUUCAGACAAUAUUACUUAAAUCAAUUUUCAUGCUGCUCAUGAAAAAAUUUGUUGAGGUUUUUAAUUAAUUAUUUUUAAACUGUUGCUGAAGAGUGAUGGCUGGAAUUCUAUGCAUAUGUAGGUGAGUAUUCUUUCAAUAUUGUUUGAAGGCAAAUUGUUAUCACCAAAGCCCUAUCUCUGUAAAUCUUAUAUGCACCAGAUGAUAUUCAAAAAGAACUGUGCCAGUAAAUCUUACUGUCUUUACUUUUCACAAGUUUUGUGAAAAGCAAAUCUACAGUUCAAGUUUUGUACUCUAGUUUUGUAAGUUUUGAGGUCAUUAUUUCUGUAAAUAAUUAUUAGAUGAGACAGCUUGCCUAAUUUCCACUAGCUUGUGGUAAGUUCACGGCGUAAAUGCUUCCACUUUAUGCAAAUUAUAGCUUGCAUUAAUCUGGCAAGUAUUGAAAGGACCUGUCUUUCCUUCCAUCCCAUGUUGUCAAAGAUUGUGAGUCUUUAUUCUUGUUUUAACUCUAGUUUCUUCUCUCCUUAUUUUAAUUCAAUGUCAUCAUUCAUGCAAAAUGUGAAAUCAUGGAAAUUGUUACUGUUCAGUGUGGAAAGAAACUUGUUACGUUUGGCUGGUUACAACCAAAUGAAAAAACAAAUUUGUGCAUGGUUUGUAAUAAACCAAUUCAUUGGGUGUAUUUUUAUAGCUUCUAGUCUUUCUUGUUACAUAAUUGUGUAUAAAAUACUCUUCAUGUCUUGAACUGUUCCAAUAAAUACCUCAAAAUCAA